GAGUAUCAGGGAGAGGAGAGGAGGGGGGAAGUGUUAAAAUGACCCCCCUCUACACACAUACACCACAUUGAGGCUCCUGAAGGGAGGAGUUUCGCCGCGCUGAUCCCCAAACUGCUGCAUUUUGCAGCCAACCUCAGCAGAUCCCCGCACUAGGCAGCCUGCUGCCUGUCCGAAGUGAGGCAGAUCCCUCGCUAGCCUGAAGCUGGGGAGAGAGCCAUGCCGGUGCCAAGCGGGGCAAAGCGAAGGAGAACAGGACGAUGGGACGGAGAGGUCUAGGGCGUCCAGAAGAGGAGGAGGAAGAAGAAGAGGAAGAAGAGGAGGAAAAGGCUGUUGCAGUUUGCCCUCUUCGCGGCCCUAUGGGGAGGGAGGAAGAAGGGCUUCCCCCGCUGGAAGAGUUUCUUGAGGCUCAAGUUGCGUUCGUGGGGGGUUCGGAGGAGCCCCACCAAUCUCCCCCUAGCUCCUGCUGAGCCUCUUUCUGACUGAACUGGGCGUCCUGCCCCCUAAAGCCUCCUUCCCUAUGGAAUCUUCUCCCUAUAGGGCUCAGGUCUACCCACAGGCAGGAGGGUCUCCAGCCCCGAGCCUCGUUUCCUUUGGGGCUGCUCCUCUCUUCCUUGGGGCGGGAUCGGGCUCUCUGGUGGUGUCACACAGGGGACAGGAUGAAUUUCACCCAUUCAUUGAGGCACUUCUCCCACAUGUCCGUGCAAUCGCCUACACUUGGUUCAACCUUCAGGCUCGAAAACGCAAGUACUUUAAGAAACAUGAAAAGCGAAUGUCAAAGGACGAGGAAAGAGCAGUCAAGGAUGAGCUACUUAGUGAAAAGCCUGAAAUUAAACAGAAGUGGGCUUCCAGGCUUCUCGCCAAACUGCGCAAAGAUAUCCGCCAAGAGUACCGGGAGGAUUUUGUGCUAACUGUUACCGGGAAGAAGCACCCGUGCUGUGUGUUGUCCAAUCCUGACCAGAAGGGUAAGAUUAGGAGAAUCGACUGCCUGCGACAGGCAGACAAAGUCUGGCGUCUGGAUCUAGUCAUGGUGAUCCUCUUUAAAGGUAUCCCUUUGGAAAGUACGGACGGAGAGCGGCUCAUGAAAUCCCCCCAUUGCACAAAUCCAGCACUUUGUGUUCAGCCACAUCACAUAACAGUAUCAGUCAAGGAGCUUGAUUUGUUUCUGGCGUACUACGUGCAGGAUCAAGAUUCUGGACAAUCAGGAAGUCCAAGCCACAAUGAUCCUGCCAAGAAUCCACCAGUGUAUCUUGAGGAUAGUUUUGUAAAAUCUGGAGUCUUCAAUGUAUCGGAACUGGUGCGGGUGUCAAGAACGCCUAUAACCCAGGGAGCUGGAGUGAACUUCCCCAUUGGAGAACUUCCAAGUCAACCAUACUACCAUGACAUGAACUCGGGUGUAAACUUACAGAGGUCACUAUCCUCUCCACCAACCAGUAAGAGACCCAAAACUAUAUCCAUAGAUGAGAAUAUGGAACCAAGCCCAACAGGGGACUUUUAUCCUUCCCCCAAUUCACCAGCUGCUGGGAGCAGGACAUGGCAUGAAAGAGAUCAAGAUAUGUCUUCUCCUACAAUGAAGAAACCCGAAAAGCCUUUGUUUAGCACUACAUCUCCCCAGGAUUCUUCACCAAGACUGACCACUUUCCAGCAUCACCAUCCAGGGAUCCCGGGAGUUACACACAGUGUCAUCUCAACUAGAACUCCUCCUCCACCUUCACCAUUGCCAUUUCCACCACAAGCUAUUCUUCCUCCUGCGCCAUCUAGCUACUUCUCUCACCCAACAAUCCGGUAUCCUCCUCACCUGAAUCCUCAGGAUACUCUGAAGAAUUACUCUUAUGACCCGUCCAGUCCGCAAACCAGCCAGCCUAACAGCAGUGGUCAAGUAGUAGGGAAAAUGCCUGGCCAUUUUACUCCAGUUUUGGCACCCUCUCCCCAUCACAGUACGGUGCGGCCUGUGACCCUGACCAUGACAGACACUAAACCCAUCAUUACAUCCACUGAAGGUGAGGCAUCUUCACCUACAGCAACCACCUACACAGCCUCAGGCACAUCCCAAGCCAAUCGAUAUGUGGGACUAAGUCCAAGAGACCCUUCUUUUCUACACCAACAACAGCUGAGGAUUUGUGACUGGACCUUGAAUCAAAACGGCAGGCAUUUAUACCCCAGUGGCAAUGAGGAUACAUUGGGAAUUACUUGGCAAAGUCCUGGUACCUGGGCUAGCUUGGUCCCUUUUCAAGUAUCAAACAGGACACCAAUCCUGCCGACAAGCGUCCAAAAUUAUGGUUUGAACCUAAUUGGAGAACCUUUCCUUCAAGCAGAAACAAGCAACUGAGGGAGAUUGAAACUGAACAAAAUACUAUAAAAGAAAGGAAGACGGGACAAAAAAAAAAAGAAGAAGAAGAAGAAGAAAGAAGAACCUGAAGAAAGAAGAAACAUAGACCAGCAAUUGCAGCACUUACAAUCACUAAUUCCCUUAAGGUUGAAACUGUAACGAUGUUUAAAAAAAAAAAAAAGGGUCGACGAUAUUUCACUGAUGAGUAGAAAGAUGUUCCUCCUAAGUAGCCUUUGUUCUAUGAAAUCCACUGGGAAAUAGAUGUUCUGUCUCUGACAAUAUAUUUUAACUGACUUUCUAGAUGCCUUAAUAUUUGCAUGAUAAGCUAGUUUAUUGGUUUAGUAUUCUUGGUGUUUACGCAUGGGAUCACUAUUCCUAGUUAGCUCUCAAAACAAAGGCUAGGAGACAUCCACCAGAGUUGCAGGAGAAUUGGGGCCAGUGAGCCAGCUUUUCUCAGCACUCUUAAUUUCUAAAAGUUUUUUUUUCUCUAAUGAAAGAAACAAACAAUUUAGCCUUUAAUGAUCAAUCCAAAUUUGUUUAACUUUGGCCCUUAUAACCCAGCCUUUUCCUACUGCGUUACCUAGUUUGAAAUGUUCAGGAAGUCAUUUAAACACACAGGCAUUUUAUAGAAUUGAUGCCUCACUUUAGGUUUAAAUAAUGUGUUAUCUUCUCAUAUGACCGUAAAAACAAAAAAGAGGAAGACACGAAAAAUAAUUCCCCCCCCACUAAGGAAAACACUUAGAGGCAAGUGCAAUUUUUAAAAAGUAUAUCUAAAGGGGAUCAUUGUUAUAAGUCCUUUAGCCCUUGGACUCUAAAUUGAGGGGAUUAAAAAAAACAAGAAGAAUUUCAAAGGUAUUUUGAACAAAUCUAUUUUCCCCUCAGUUUUGAAGGGGGGGCAUUAAAAGGCAUUAAUUAAAUCAAGACAAAUCAUGUACUUGAGAAAAAGAAAUUGAUUGAAACACAGCACUUAUGUUGAUUUUAGCUUCUGCCUCUUUGAGGUAUUUUAUUUAUUUAAAGUUACUGGUUGCAUCAAGAAGAAUCCCUAGAGAAUGGGAAAGGUUCUAUAAAACCUUCAUCACAGAGACGGGAGAGAGGUAAAUUCACAUCAUAGGGACAAAGCUUACAGUUUACAAACUGGGAACGCCAGGUUGUUGGGUUGGGUGGGUGGGGGGUGAAAUAUAUUUUUUAAAAAUGCACUCUUUUAGAAAGUCUAAUAACAGGGUGCUGAAAUCUUUGCAUGGUGCUCUCAGAAAUUAGCCUUGUUCGACACAUUUCUCAUAUUGACAGGAACGUGCAUGGGCGGAUACAUUUUGCCUCUAUGUCUCUAUAAAAAAAAAAUUAAUUAAAACUACUUUAUCCAGUAAUCCUAAUUUGCACGAAGUUAUAAUGUCCACAUAACGUGCCUUGCCUUGAAAUCUAAAAAAAAAAAAGUGACAUCACUACACUUGUUUUGCUGCAUUUAUUAUCAUUUUAAAUCUUUACCAUUUUUAUGACAAAAUAUUUUGUACUCCAAGAUGGGAAAACGAAAAAAAAAAAUUGACAUCAUGGAUUUUUUAAGCAGUUAUAACUUUAUCUCACAUUUAUAAAGCAUAUCAUGGCUGUGUAUAGUUGCCGCUUGAAAAUUGUAAUCGACCAGCAAUAUUUUCAGUAUUUUGGUGUUUUUUCUAUUAAUCUUUCAUGUUUUUCAUCUUCCAAUUAAUAUUGGGGGGAGGGGAUUCAAAUUUAUACGAAUUAUGCAAUACCAAGUUUUGCCUAUGUAGGUAGUGCUUUUUAGCUGUAUUGGUUAUUCUAGGUAAGUACACAGAUUUAAAAGACAAAAGAUUAAUGUAUGCUUUUUCGUUUGUUCGUUUGUUCGUUUGUUUGUUUUAAUUGACCAAAGUGGGUACUGCUAUUUUUGCAGUGUGAUGAGGUCCUUUUGUGUACUGAGAGAUGGGCAGGGGUUUUUUUGUUUUUGUUUAUACAUACAUAUAUCUAUCUAUUCUGGGUGGGUGGGAAGGAUUUGUGAACAGUGUAGCUGUGAAGCAGUGCACCAUUCGCCCGGUGAGGGCUACAAAGCGACUCUUCUGCCUACUGUGAUAAAAAAAAAAUCUCAACAAGGUGUCCUCUUUUUAACUUUCCACCUGGGGUGCAAGCUGAACUCAUUUCUGGUUUUAAAAUAACAGUGGUAAAUAAUGACGAUGAUAAAUACUAAUAAUGGAUUCCGUUGGAGGCAGACUUGACUUGAAGAAAAAAAACCUCUCAAUUUUUUUUCCAAGACCCACAGAGAGCAGCAGCCUGUUAAAAUUUUUACAAAAUAUAUUGCCCCAUGCUAUGGCAUGAUUAAAAGCAUAUUUUGAGGUAGGAAUCAGAUAAACAAUAACAUACCAAUAAAACUUUUUUCUUCUCCAAAGUCAGCUUAUUACGCUAUGUUUUGUAUUGCACACAGAUACCCAAGCGCAAAAUACAGAAUCAUACAGACUCCAACAUUUCAUGAAAAUAGGACUAAUAAUAAUAAUAAUAAUAAUAAUAAUAAUAAUAAUAAUAGUAUUAUUUAUACCCCACCCAUCUGAGUGGGUUGCCCCAGUCACUCUGGGUGGCUUCCAACAUAUAUUAAAACAU